CUCGCCGCUCGCUGCCCGCCGGGUUCCCGCGGCCGAGAGCGGGAGAAAGUCCUGCUGGCGGGCGCCCGCGGGGCUGCGCGCGUCCGGCAUCCGGGGGCCGCUCCGGCCCGGGCGGCGAGGGGGCCCGGCGGUCCAUGCAUCCGCCGCCGUCCGCCGCCGCGAUGGAUUUCAGUCAGAACAGUCUGUUCGGCUACACGGAGGACCUGCAGGAGCUCACCAUCAUCGAGAGGCCGGUCCGCCGGAGCCUCAAGACACCAGAAGAAAUAGAAAGACUGACGGUGGAUGAAGACCUCGGGGAUAUUGAAAGGGCCGUUUAUCUGCUCAGUGCUGGUCAAGAUAUCCAGGGAACAAGUGUGAUUGCGAAUCUCCCGUUUUUGAUGCGACAGAAUCCUGCUGAGACACUUCGGAGAGUCUUGCCAAAAGUUAGAGAAGUCCUGCAUGUUGCAGGUGUGGAAAUGCAGCUAACAGCUGCAGUAUCAUUUCUGACCAUUCUACAGGAAGAAUCAGUGUCAAUUCAUACGUAUGCCCACUCCUUCCUCCAAAUCAUUCUGCUGCAUCUGGAGCACAGGGAUGCAGGUGUCAGCAACGCAUGGCUGGAAACUCUUCUGUCUGUGAUAGAAGUGUUGCCCAAAGAAACCCUAAGGCAUGAGAUUUUGAAUCCACUUGUUUCCAAGGCACAGCUUUCCCAAACCGUCCAAUCUCGUUUAGUUAGUUGUAAAAUUUUAGGAAAAUUGACCAACAAAUUUGAUGCCCACACCAUUAAAAGAGAAAUACUUCCCUUGGUAAAAUCACUCUGUCAAGAUGUAGAAUAUGAAGUUCGAUCUUGUAUGUGUCGGCAAUUAGAAAAUAUAGCUCAAGGCAUUGGGACAGACCUUACAAAAAGUGUGGUGCUCCCUGAAUUAAUAGAACUCUCUAGGGAUGAAGGCUGCAGUGUGCGGCUGGCAGCGUUUGAAACCUUGGUCAAUCUGCUUGACGUAUUUGAUACAGAUGAUAGAAGUCAAACUAUACUUCCCUUAGUGAAAUCAUUUUGUGAAAAAUCUUUCAAAGCAGAUGAAUCAAUUCUUAUUUCCUUAUCUUUCCACUUAGGAAAACUAUGCCAUGGACUAUACGGAAUUUUUACUCCAGAUCAACACUUGAGAUUUUUGGAGUUUUAUAAGAAACUUUGUACAUUAGGUUUGCAGCAAGAAAAUGGACACAAUGAAAACCAGAUUCCACCCCAAAUCCUAGAGCAGGAGAAGAAAUAUAUUUCAGUGCGGAAGAACUGUGCUUAUAACCUUCCGGCCAUGAUUGUUUUUGUUGACCCUAAAAAUUUCCAAUUGGAACUCUAUUCUACAUUCUUUUGCCUUUGUCAUGAUCCUGAAGUACCCGUCAGAUACACAAUUGCCAUUUGCUUUUAUGAAGUGUCUAAACUUCUGAAUUCUGGCGUAUAUUUAAUACAUAAAGAACUAAUAACAUUAUUACAAGACGAAUCACUGGAGGUACUAGAUGCUCUUAUAGAUCAUCUUCCAGAAAUCCUGGAACUUAUGUCUACUGGUGGAGAAAGCAGUAUUCAAGAAAAUAAGUUGCCAUCCCUGCCUGACUUGAUUCCAGCACUCACGGCUGCUGAACAGCGAGCUGCAGCCUCUUUAAAAUGGAGAACCCAUGAGAAGCUGCUACAGAAAUAUGCCUGCCUGCCACACGUCAUAUCAAGUGACCAGAUUUAUUAUCGUUUCUUACAAAGAAUGUUCACAAUCAUGAUGACAAAUAAAGUCUUACCUGUCCAAAAGGCAGCUUCACGAACUUUAUGCAUUUUUCUACGUUAUAAUCGUAAACAAGAACAGAGACUUGAGGUCAUUCAAAAAUUAAUUGAACAACUGGGCCAAGGAAAAAGUUAUUGGAAUAGACUUCGAUUUCUGGAUACCUGUGAAUUUAUUAUAGAGCUCUUUUCCAAAUCAUUUUUCUGUAAAUAUUUCUUUCUGCCUGUUAUUGAACUGACAUAUGAUCCAGUAGCAAAUGUGAGAAUGAAACUUUGCUACUUGUUGCCCAAAGUGAAAUCUACUCUGAAGAUCCCUGAAGAUAAACACCUACUUCAGCAGUUAGAAAUGUGCGUGAGAAAACUUCUAUGUCAAGAAAAAGAUAAAGAUGUUCUGGCUAUUGUAAAAAGAACUGUGUUAGAGUUGGACAGAAUGGAAAUGUCUAUGGAUGCUUUUCAGAACAAGUUUUAUGAGAAAGAUUUGUUGGAUCAAGAGAAAGAAAGAGAAGAACUACUUCUUUUGGAAAUGGAACAAUUAGAGAAAGAGAAGCAACAAGAUGGAAGGCCCGUGAAUGAAAAAACCUUAGAAAAGAAACGCAGGGACAUCAAGACACCAACAGCUCUGCCCAAGAGCAUCCCCACCGCUGUUCCCGGGCCCUCGUCCAGCACCCCGUCGGCAAGCAAAGAAAUCAAGAAAUCCAAAUUGAUUCGAAGCCAGUCUAUUAAUAAUCAAGCUUUUCAUGCAAAAUAUGGCAACUUAGACAAGUGUGCUAGUAAAACUUCUACAGCAGCAUAUACAUCUUCUGCCUCAGCGUUAGCAAAGACUUCUAUGAUUUCACUAACUGAUGACUCGUUCCGGACUCGCAAUGCCAGUAGUCUCCCGCCGUCCUUUUCUCCUAACACUCCCCUCCCCAGCACCUCCCGUGGGACAGGUAACUCAGUUGAUCCAAAGAGCAGUGGAGGUAAAGACCCACCACCACGUAAGGCCACCUUGUAAGUAACCAGGAUGUAGUGCUAAGUGUGCCAUCCUCCUCUUUCUCUCAGGGCACUUUCCUUCCCACUCAGUUUCCACAGAACAGAAACUGUCUGUAACGAGGAAAUGUUCUCAAUUAAAAGGGGUUCUUAGCA